AUGGAGUCUAUUAGCGGCGUCUCUCCACCUAUAUACACUCUUCCUUAUGAGCUUCUCAUCACCGUCCUGGAAGCUUUCUCGUCGCGUGAGCUUUUGCCGUGGACGAAGGUUUCUUCUCGGUUCUACAAUAUAAUCUGCCAUAUACUCAGUCGCCGCCUUUCGGCUAUCAGGCAGUUGAAGGGGAACUAUACGCUGCGACUAGAUUGCCAUCUCCCUUCUAGAGUUGCGCUGCAGGGACGCACAAUAGGAACAUACCUUGAUACCAGAACAUUGCCCCAUAACCCCAGCGAACACCCUGAAGAGCUCGAGGGGCUACUCUCCCUUGAGCAUGUCUUCUCAAUUGGCGACCUAGGGGUUCUACGAGAGCAAUACACUCGGUUCAAGGUAAUGCAGCAUUUUGAAUCGCGAAUUUCGCCGGAUUGGAAGAUCUUCACGGUAGACGACCAGGCCGAGGAUUCAGGGAGAAUAGGGGGUAUCUUGGGCGAGCACAAGGCCAGUAAGACAGGCUUCAGGCCUCCGCGCAAAAGCUCCAUAAGCCAGGGCCGAGUUACGCCCUUCAGGCUCCUCGUGGACUCUGCAGAGCCAUUCUCGCAAGUCUGUGUGAAUGCUCAGCUCUUUGGUGACCGGAUACCUUCUGGCGUUAAAGUCUCCAAGGGUGUGGUCCGGCUUCGGAGAGACUGGCUUGCUCAGCAGCCCAUUUUGGAAGCACCGCGACACUUCACUGACCCUUACGAGGGUGACUCUGAUUCGGACGAUCAUCCGCUUGACGAUGAAGAUGAUCAUUCCCUGACUGAGGAGGAUGUUCGAUGGGUGGACCCAAAGAUGAAUUCUGGGCUGAGUUUGCAUAUUGGCAGCACUAGGGAGGUGGCUAGUUGCGGGAUCCUUCGUGGAGUUGGCAACCUAGCGGAGUCCAUAGUAUACUACACGAUUGAGGUUGAUGAAUUCGUAGUUCGAUCUAGCACUCUACUCUUUGCCAUGGAAGAGGCCGAGGACAUAGCCUCUCAAGGAUCUCAACAGCAGCAGACGCUGCUCCUACGGACAUUUCGUCCUGUCUAA